AUGCAAGCCGCACUCCGUCAGCAGCCUUGUCUGACCUACUUCGCAUCAAUGGAUCUCCUCAGUCGUCUGGAUAAGAUGGGCAAGACCUUGAUGGAGGCCUUGCGGCAACACUGGUCAAGAUUGUUGCAUCUUUCGGGAAACAACCUUCCGUCUGGUGGCAACGGCAGUGCGGUUCUGCAGGAGGCGAAGGAAAUUCUGGUGCAGCUCUUGCUGGCAGGGCGAGGGGACUGCCUGGCAGCCGUACUUCCUGCAGGCCACCUUGCCCAGUUCUGCGAGCUCGUCAAAGUCACCAAGCUUUCCUUGGAGCUGCUGGCGGUGGAGAGGUUCUGCUUCGAGGCCUCGCUGGAGAAGAUAGCCACAGCGAAACAUUCCACUGUGACUUUCAUUUUGGUCGAAGUCACUGGGCAGAUUUCGGCACUGCAGCUAAGCGAGCUGGUUCGCGCCGCAUCCGGAUCUGCCCGGCUCGUGUUCAGUUGGUUUCCUGGCCUCCUGCCCAAGUUGGCCUUGACACGCUCACUGGGUGAAGUCCUUCUGCCACAGUCCUUGCGCGAGGCUGACCUCAGCUCUCGGUCUGCGCCCACGCCUUACCGGGACACUUUCGCGCUGGGCCAUGCAACGCUACAAUGUUGCCGUACUUUGCCAGCCCAGCCGGACCUCCUGAGCCCUUUGGCCGGGAUGAAGCUGCCAAACGGGCCAAGCUCAAGCAGGAAAGGUGACAAAGCUCUGCACAUCGACUGGGAAAGGAAUCUUGCCGAAGCCCAUGCCUUUCUGAAAUCCGCACACGCAUGGAUGGAUGAAGAGCGGCGUUGGCGGAUGGUGGCAAGCGCCAAGCCAAGGACCCACGAUGCUUUGUUGCUGCUGGUAACUGCCGAUGAGGCGCUAGUUCAACGGCACUAUGCUGGACAAGCAGAGUCCGUGCAGUGCUUCCACCUGAACCACACCGAUCGGCAAGGCAUGGCUCCCUUGGAAGCACUCCUCGGCCGUCGGGAGGCUUCAACCGCAUCCAAACAGGUGACCAUCGUUCUCUUUGGAGUGGGAUUUGUUACGCCAUCCAAGCUUGAGGACUUGGUGGCCAGGGCAUACAUCGCCGGCAUUCGGGCGAUUCUUGUGGCGCCUGAGCCGCUGGCAUUCCUACGAUGCAUUCGCAUCACCACUCGAGUCUCCACCGAGUAUAUCCAUGCGACACUACUUUACGUCCGGAGUGUGCAAUGCUGCGCCGCCGACCGGAUGGCCCACAAUGCUCUCCGCUCCUUGCGGCUGGUGCUAGGACAUGCACGCCUGGCAAGCACGCCCCCCACAGCGCUCGUCGAGGCUUUUCAGGCUCGUGACCCUAUCGCCUGUGGCAAAGAGAUGGCCGCUCUUCCUGCACCGGAAGGACGUCAGAUUCUUCAAACCAGCGUGGCCGCAGACUUGGCUGCGGGAAUUAUUGAGACGCUAACAUCGACGGGGAAGGCCUCUGCCGCCUUCGAUGCCCGGUCGCUGGCCUUUGCCGUUGGCUGCCUCACAGCGUCCUUCGUCACACGGGCAGACAAACUUGGUCUCGAUCAGGGUGUCUGGGAUGUCAGCUUCCCUGACUUUCGGGCUCGCUUGCCCAUCUGCCGGUUCUUGGACCAGGCUUCCGUGGUCGAGGCUUGGUGUCGGUACCUGGACCUUGUGGGCUGUGAGGCGCCUCCCAUGGAGCGGCCCGCUGCCUGCCCGCUCCCUGUAGGACCCAUCAAUUGGCCGAGCAAAGAGCCGAAGACGCACUUCAUCCUUUCGCAGUGGGAGAUCGCGAGCAACACCCACUCUGCGGGGUUGGAGGACAUGCUGGAACAGGCCACUGCCCACCUGACGAUGUCAAAGGACUGUGCGCAGGCAGAGGCUGCGUACUUUGGCUUGGGCUCCAUCCAUCAGAGCGAGGACCCAGAGGAGGUUCUGGAGAGACAUUGCCUUCAAGGUCACGAGAUGGACUGGGGAGCUUUCUCGGACUCUUGGCACACGGCUCUUGACAUCAAGCCCAGUCUCUUCCUUCAACUGGCGGGCUUGGGGGUGGACACUUUGCGCCUCUUUCUUUGUCUUCCACCUGCUCGCGCAAUCGAGCUUGGCCUAACCUAUUUGAUCACCUCUGGUGGCAAGGGAGCUACGCCGCAAGCCAAGCUGGCUAUAUCCGUCACAGAGAACCUGAUCCGAGACCUGAAAUGUACGGCAUCUCUUCUCACGGCACUGUCUCAAGCCGAAAGUGGAGGUGCCGGAGGUGCAUCCGAGCUCUCGCCUCGGAUGGCAGCUCUGAAGUGGCUACUGCUGACUGUGAUCUCGCCUCAAGCGGGUCAAGCUCCGGAUCUCGGAUUCUGCCACAUGACGGAGCAUGCGCUGCAGCAGCUGGUUCAAUCAAAUGUGAUGCUGUGUCCGAGAGGCCGCUCAGACCUCCUGAUCCGCGUUGCCUCCAUGCUGAUCUGCUUUGACAUGGAUGUGCUAAGCUCGCAGCACGAAAUCAAGCGGUUCCUUCUAGACACAGACAUGCCAUUGGCCUCUCUGCUUCCCAGCACCUCAGCCAGGGUUGGUAGAGCGGUGGUUUCGCUUCUCUUCUGUCCCGACCAUGCGGAACAAAUCAAGCAGGGCGAAUUAGGCGUUUCUCUUAUACGCAGUUUCGAGACCAUGCUUGGCUACAACGUGAUGGAUUGGGUGCCGCUGGACGUACUUGGCGAACCACAUCGCCUGACGGCCGCGGCUCAUGCUGCCAUCCUUGAGCAUGCACCAGACCUUGACACGGUUCGCACGAUUGUAACGAAGCCACUCCUCGCUGCCACAUCUAAACUGAUGAUCUUGCAGGGAGCUGUCGCAGCCGAUCGCUUUCUCUGUGACGUGCUUGAAAACCUUCCAGCAAGUUUGGACACGCUUACACUGGCCAUUCUCAAGAUUCUGGCAAGCGAAGACAAGCAAAUCAAACCGGCGGUCGAUUCGUUGAGUGGCAGCCUCCGGUCUCCCACAGGUCUGCUUGCAUCAAGCAAGAACCCUUUCCUGCCAGCCCUUUUCAAGGCACUACAAUCGCGCAGCCUCGGCAAUUACCUUGCUAUGGUGGCUUCUCACAAAAACAUGGAUGCUGGAAGGCCACUGCUGUUGGCCCUGGAUAGCAGUCCUGAUCUGCUUGAUAUCUAUAUACAGUACUUCCGCAGCGUGAUUCCAAAGGGUGAAAUUGGACCAGGAAGUGUCGAAUCUGUGCUUGGCAUUCAUAACGUCAUGCUCGAUGAUGCAUCUUGCGCCUCUCUCUUCGCCCGGCUUGCAUCCGGUGAGGCAAGAGAGGCUCACCAGAGUGAUCUGGUUCUGAUGUGGUACUGCUGGGCGCGCAGUCCUGACAAGCAGCUGCCGUUUUGGGCAUUGCCGUCCUUCAAGUCCGGCCCGCUGUGCAUUGCUUCACUGAAUGGUAGUGGAUUACCCUUCGUGGAGCGAUGUAGGCCAAUGCGAUUUGGACUCUCGGUCCUGGCAAAAUUUUUGGUCGCGCCGGAGACUUUGCCCCUAGGGGUCUAUAACACUCUCGCUGAGAAGGCUUCCUGGGUGCAUGCCGAAGAGCAGACUAGCUCGGCGAUCAAGGUGCAGACACUGCUGCUAGGACAGGAGGAUCAGGAGGAAUACCCUCCCUACUGUAUUCGCUGGCACGCAAGAGCUUUGCCAGCAAGUCUGAAGAAGCAGCUGCUGAGGCAAUGUAGUGGGUCCGUGGCCCCACUGCUCGACACAUCGCUGCAUGACUUCUACCCACGAGUAAAUUCAGGCAUGGGAGAAGCAAACCUUCGCUUCAACCUCGGGUUGCUGUUGGCCCUGCGCUUUGGCAACCCAGACCUCCAGGUGUACUUCGAUCACGGAGCUGACAUCCAGCGUCAGUUCCUAGCUGGCUGCAUCCUGUGUUGGUGUAAAGCGGCCGGCUUCUCCUUUCCUGAGCUCCUCAGCUGCGUGCAGGCGGAGAACCAAGAGGAUUUCAGGAGCCUUUGGCAAGAGAUUCACGAGGCAUACAGCCGAACUGGUCCAGCCUCGCUGCGACGAAUGUAUGUGAGGGGUCCACUUCCCACCGACAUUGAUGUGCGGUGGAUCGAUGAUGGCGGCAAAGACGUUCCAAUUCUUGCAAGAACACGAGACUCUGCAGUAUUGACCGCGCAAUGGUGCAACAUGCUUCUGCUGCACUUCAAACUAACCCACCCUGAGCCCUUCAAGCCGCAAGAUUUUGUAGUUUCCGAAGGCGACCGCUUGCAAGCAGGCCCGCGAUUGCAGAGUGCUCUGGCGAGCAUCUCAGAAGCUGUCGGAGCUGCGUUGCGAAUCGAGUUAUUCUCGGAUGUCGCCAACCCUUCCCUGGUGGUUCCUCUCGGAGAAGGCAAGUACGACACACUGCGCCUCGUAACACGGAUCACGGUGUUGGCUGACUUUGUAUUCCUGCUUCGUUCUAGCACUGUGGGAGCUGAGACCUCAUCAAAGAUCGGGCAAUUCUUUGGUUGCAUGGUCGGAGCGCUCGCUUCUGGUGAUGCACUUGCGGACACUCACCUUGCCGCAUUGUUCGAUGCCUUCUUCUUGCUGCACGGAUUAACUUCGGAGAAUGAGGGCAUAGAGGUGGAAGCCCUUGCCAAGGCGUACCAAGUCCACAACCUGCCGGUAAGUGCUCAGACCCUGAAAGAAGUAGAAUGGCUGCACGAGAACUAUUACGGCCGCCGCGACAAGGCAACAGGCUCGGUGAAGUGCCGGCUGCAGCGAUUCAGCACUGUUUGCGAUCACAUCACCAACAUUCGAAGCCUUCCACUGCAGAAGGUCGCUUUUCAGCGACACUUUGCCAAGACCCAGUUUGUCGGCGAGCUGUUGGCUGACGAUUCGGAUGCCUCUCCACCCUAUCUCCGUCACAGCAAGUUGCAGCUGCUUUGCACGCUCUCCGUUGCAGGCAGGGGACAUGCAACAAAUGGACACAAUGGACACGAGGCGGAGAACGUGGAAGAUCUCAGAGCAGACUGGGCUGACUCGCACGAGGCGGCACAGGACCAGGAUGCAGCCAGCUCCUUCUUUGUCGAAGUUGGCGGCGAUUGUGGUCGUAUGGCAGGAACCACUACCAGUCGCAGCUAUGGCCAGUGGGAUUUGCCAGACCUGGCCAGUUUGCAUGCAGCUGACUGGAAAGAGAAGUGUCCAGUGAUCUCCGCCACCGACGUAAUCGAGAUCGUCUCUAAGCCUUCGUUGUAUCUGCAUGCGGCUUUGCGAAUCCGUCCUGGGCUGGAGCCGGUUCUGUGGCAUUCACCGAAGAGCCCUGGCUUCUACCGCUUGUCAACGAAGUGCCCGCCCAUGCCAGCGAGGCCAGAAGACGGCGAGGAAGACGGACUUAGUGUGUGGAAGGCUUUCUCAACCAAUGCUGAGGCUUGGCAAUUUAUCGACCGUGCGCACAGCCCGGUUCUGGCCCUUGAUGGCUGGUACUUGCGGAAAGCUGAAGACAAUGCGUCCUGGGUGACCGUCUUCCCGACGAUCAGAGACCCGUCGGAGCCGCCACUGGGCCUGGGUGACCUGCAGCUCCGGCCGAGGCGCCACCUUUUGUGGCCGCUGUGCCACUCGCACAAGCUCGUGAAUCUGAACUUCAGUUCAGAGGCCUUGCUCGUGGUGCAGCUCUUGGUGGUAGUGGCCUGGGAGAUGAGUGGUCACGACACUUCCGGCCACGGGGGUGCAAAAGCAUCUUUCCAUGCAGAUGGCGCAAAGACAGAGCGGGUCGAGACGGUUCUGGCCAGCUUGAGCUGCCUCUCCAACGAGGUUGAGCAUCUGGUGUCCGUCCAGGAUUUUCCCGAAAGUGACGAAGGCCUCGUGGCAAAAGUACGACAGCUGAUGAGCUAUCAGCAGAACGAGCGAUCUCUGUCGGAAGUUCUCCUCAGAAUUCUUUGGAAGAUGAAGUCACAGCAGCGUGACGACCUUGGUGCGCUGAUUCGAGAAGAGAGCUUGAGGAGAUGGGCCAGCGUUCAAGUUCCAUUCGUGGAAAAAGCAGAUCCUCAGCCACUGUCGAGUCUUGGCCGAGUCCUCCAGCGGCUAUUGGUCCCGAUCGCUUCGAAAGCCGGUAUUUUUGGUUCGCCACUCACUACACAAGCUUGGACACAGCUCGAGCUGGUGCUGGAGGCGUGCUAUCGAGGAGAACACCUUCCACAAGAGCGAUGUUUGGCGAAGCAUAUCCACGUCACCAAGUCCGGCUUUGCGAAGCGAGGGGUAGCCAUCCUGCAAAGCAUCUACCAUGCUCAGCUGGACUGCCGGCAGCCGCCAACGGUGCAACACUUUUCAGACUCCGAGGACGAGGCCAGCUCGGUAAGCAAGCAGGCACCGCGGGCACCGCGUGCCGCCAUCCAAUCAGAUCCUCCAAAACGCAGCUUCGUCUCCGAGGCGCAGAUGGACAAGGUUUAUGUGGACACGCAGAUGGAUCGCGACCCUGCAGGCGGCAAGCUGUUUGACAGGCGAGUCGGUUUUGGACGGCCGCUGAGCAGCCGCCACGGCGUCAUUACCUUCUAUGAUGAGGACCUGCCGCUCUACUAUGUGCCGAUUGACCGACAGCGCUUGAAGGUAAGCUACACGUCAUCUGAGGGUCUGAGCUUGGGAUACCUGGUCCACAAGAACGUCCUGGCAGAGCUGCUGGAGGAUGCUAGCAAAUGUCGCUCUCCGGAUGGUGCAGACGGCGGUCUCCAGCUCGUGAGAAGCUUGCGGAUGAAGUUUCUGCCAUGGAUAGCCGAUGUCCUUCGGUCGCCGCUCCCAUGCGACACGAAGACUUGGAUACUUCGCUGCUGUGAACGAAUGGGCCUUGUCGCAGUGGCGCCAUACCAGGAGCGUGAUCAUGUGAACCUUGCAAUCAUGGCUUUCUGCUUGUGCCGAUGCUGUCCUGCUGGCUCGGAUGCAGCACUCUUUCUGCGGAAUGUGCUCAUGAACGCCUGGCAUGUCCCAGACGAAGUCAAGCGUUUCGUCGAGCGCAAAAGCGAUGUCUACGGCAUAUAUGUCGUAAAGAUGGGGACGCUUCAGAGGAUGCGUGAGUUGGGACUCCGAGUGGCCGUGCGUGACUUCGAGCGGGAAGUCUGGCAGCGGAGCUUGGACAACAGUGCCAUGUACCUGGACAUCAUUGCGCAGUUCUCCGAUUACUGCUGCUUUACCUAUGUGAAGGGCUUGUCGAAGGUGGACGACAUUCUGCUCAAAUGGUUGGCGGAAUACACGCGCCUCCAUCCUUGGCGCUUUGUCUACCUUGAAGGCGUGGAUACCUCGUUCAACUUCCCAGAGAACCGUGAUCGCUGUAGUUUCCGCUUCGCUCCACCAAAUCCGCUUCAUUCAGUCAGGACCAUGGAAGACCUGAAGCAGAGCGAUGUUGCACAACUGCGUCCCAGUCACACUGCGCCAUAUCCCGUUCAGCUUCAGCCUCUACCAGAAGAUCUUCAGGAGCCUCGGCGCUUGCUGUCUUUCUUUGCCAAGAGCUUGGGUCCGGACAGCACUACUGGAAGCAUGGCGGGUGAUGAGCAGCAUCAACGCACUAUGUUCUCUCCAUCGCCCCCAACCUCGUCCUACUCAGCGGACUUUCGCUCAGAUCUGGAGGAUUUGCUGUUCAGCCCUUCGCCAUGCCUGGUUCUGCUAGUUUCAGCACCUGGCGCUGGCAAGACACACCACAUGGCGACCCUCCGUGGCCGGCUUGAGGAAGAGAUGCAAUUUGACAUCCACGAGUUCGAUGGCUCUUCAGAUAUCCUGGUCACCACCGCCUUGGCUGAGGUGCUGCAACGAACGAUGACCUCGCAAAACAGCAUGCAGUCCCAGAAACUGCUGAUCUUAGACGAGUACCACAUGCUGAGCGAUGAACACAAAGACGAGCUUUUCGAGUGGGUGCGCUCAAAGUUGGGGCAAGACCUCCGCGUGGUGCUGAUCGCGAAUCGCAGCGACUCAAAGGACCGGGAGCGCUUACAGCAGCUUCAACCGGCAAGCGCCAGCACCCAGGUUCGCGUAGCGCUGCUGCAAACUCGGCUCUCUCGGCAACGCAUCGAGCAGGUCAUGGAAUCUCGUGGAAACUCCGAGCAAUGGCGACCAUCCAUUUGCAACUGGCUUGUGGCAUCCCGACUGCUUUUCGGCGAGGAGUCGGUGAGUCUUCGCCUCUGCGAUGGCUUGGAGGCCAUUCUACGGAACCCGGACCCACGAAGCAUCCUGGUUGAGCUGCUGCUGCAUCGCGUGCCAACCGUGUCUCGGACCAGCGCCUAUGAAUUCGUGGAUGCCUAUCUGCAGCAUGAGGGGUUGCGUAGACGAGCAUCUGCAACGAGCUUGGUGGGCUUCUGCUUUCGUGUGGCGAUGCUCGAUGUGAUGUCCGAUGAAGCCUGCAGUUUCGUGGAAUUCCUGUCGCAGACUCCAAAAGCACACGAAGCCCCUCCAGCGGUCCGUCUGCUGGCAUGGGCGACUUACGUCAUGAACUCGAAGACUAAGUGGGAUGUGAACGGCUUGACCAGCUCCUGGGCGAAGCGCCACUUGUUCGUUGACCAGGUAAACUUUCCCUUCGAGCUCGGUGAGGAUGCACUGGGAUGGCCAACGAACACCGGCCCCACCUUCUCGUGGGCAGGGGAUCCGAGCUCGUUGCGCGACCUAGUCGAUGCGGUGCGGCGCGGCCACUCCGUGGACUGGGCGGAUGUGCACCGCAAGGUUUGGUCAGUGGAUCAUAUCAAAGACUCAGAGCUGUUUGCGCAGCUUCUGUCUCUGAGCCGGAAUCCUGGCAUGAUACUGCAGCAGGUGAUGCCUUCAAACCUCUGCAACCUCCUCCGACUGUCCAACACAGCUGCACCGACAGCGGUCCAGCUGGCACGAAUCAUUUUGCAGCACGCGCCAGCGGACAACGUCAGCAGCCAGGUCGACCGCCCAAGGUGCAUCUCGCUGUGGACACUGGUUCUACACGAUCAGAAGCAGGACUUGAACUGUGUGGACAUGCUGCACUUAGCCGGAGGGCCAGCGGCUCUUCUGGAUGCUCUGCUUUGGGCAAGAGACUGGGCGACAGAAAGGCGCAGCACAGCACCAAUGCAAGUGCGAACUCGAUUGCUGCAACAGCUACUGGCGAUGCUUUCUUGCUGCAGCUGGAACCUUGUGCAGACACAGGACACAAAGGCAAGCGCCCAACCUACUUCGCUCCCUUUGCAGCAGCUGGUGCUUCUUUGGACUGGUGGUUUUGGCUGCCUGCUGUGUGCUGCUUCGGUUGCUCAAGAGAUGGUGUGGAAGACCAGGCAGGCUGAAGCCGGAGGUGCCAUGUCGGCAGACUACCUCGCACACGGGGAGGUGCCACCUGCGCUGCCUCAAGCCAGGCUCUUGCAGGUGUUGGAACGAGUAGCUGAUGUUCAAGCGGACUGGCCAGUGGAGGUGCGGCUCCUGUGGCGAGUGCUCCACUGCAGGAGCAACGCCCGAGAGGUCAGUCGACUUUGGGUAAGAGCACCUCACAUGAUGCAGGAUCUGUCAUCCAAGGCUGAUACUGCCAGACCCGUACAUGAGCUUUGCAUACCAGGCAUCCUGGCGGCCCCUGGAACGUUUUGCCGAACUUUGCAGCGAUCGCUCCUUUGCAACAACUGCCAGGUACCACCGGGGAUCUCAGCCACGACAUUCGUCGCAGCAUGUGCAGAUGCGCUCAACGAGAUGCGGAAUGCCGAUCAACUUAGUCUGGUCCAAGUGGAAGGGGCAGGCAAGGCCGACAUCUAUCGCAUGGUAAAGGAGGAGAUGGCAAGCUGA